CGAAGCCUUGUCUCACUCACGACGACCCCAUGGCUGCCGCGAGCAAGUGUAUAAAAGCGAGCCUAGCUGCCUCGACUAGACAUCGACUCGACUGUCUAGCUAGCUUACAUCGCACACGCACUCGCAAUCCGUGUUGGUUGCUUGCACGGCGCACGCACACUGGUAGGAGAAACUUCGACGAGUGGAGCAGCGAGUAGUUGUGUUUUGCAGCUGCUUUUGUGUCUUCAGAGGACCGCCUUUCUGUCACACGCACACGUAGGGAAAGCGCGCUCAGGAGGAGGGAGGUGGAAGCUGAAGGAGCUGACAAUAGCGCGCUCAGGGGGAGGUGGAAGGUGAAGUAGCGGACGAUGGCGCGCUCUGCGUUUCUGUUGGCGUUGCUUCUGGUCGUUGUUGUGGUUCUGGCAAGUGCGCAGGCUCCGCCCGAGGUGACCAUCAGCUAUGUCAACUACGCAGGCUCGGGCUGCAAUUAUCAGAACACCAACUAUGUGCUGUCCAAUGACUACAAGACGGUCACCUUCAUGUUCGGCGGGAUGGUCGCGACCACGGACGGGUCGCUCGCGGACAAGAGGAAGUCUUGCCAGAUGUCUUUCAAUAUGAUCUACCCGGAUGGCUGGAGCGUCUCCAUCGGUCAGGCCACGGGCCGCGGGUUCGCUGACAUCGCCAAGGACUCCGCCGGCAUCUACGAGUCACACUACUACUUCUCGGGACAAACGGACAAGAAAUAUAAGGAGGGCAAUGAGGUGGCCAAGCUACGGGAAGAAAUUGCCAAACUGGCGCAGCGUAACGCUUCGGGUGAGGCAUCUACUUCCGUGGUUAAGCCACCUGUUGACUUCGAGCGUGUUGAACGGUUGAAGAGAGAACAAGAGGAGUUGCGUGCGGUUGCUGAUAGAAGGUUUGCUAUGCUAGAAGAAAAGAUUUCUGGUUUGGUGAAGGAGAAAAGUGAUGCUGAGGCAAGCGCAGAGCUCUGGAAGGCCGAAGCACUGCGCCCAGGGAACAAAAGAGGGAGUAUCGCUGUUGAAACCCCUGGCACGGAGGCGAGAGUACGUCAGCGUGGAACACCUUGCAAGCCACCUACAGACCCUCGAGUCAACCCUGUUCUCAAAGGAAUGGUGGAUCGGCAUAACCUCGAGGUCAACACGUUGAAGGAGUUGCGCUUGAAAGAUGCGCACGACAGGAUUGAGGAGAAGAAAGAAGUGGAAAGGUUAAAAGAAGCUAUGGCCAAGUUGGAGAUGGCAAGAGAGAAGGGUACUAAUCUGAAGAGUAAGUUAGAUGAGGCAGCUGGGCCUUCUACCAGGAAGACUAGUUGUACUUCAGCGAAGAAGAAGAUGUGUGCUAUGUCUCCAGCCGAGCAGAUAGACGAACGAGAGGCUUUUGCACUGAUGCAACGCAAGCGGUUGAAGAAAUUAAACAAGGAUCAGAUAUCGGCCAUCUGUGACAAGGAAGGGAUUGUUUACACCAAACUGGAGCAAACGAAGGAAGAAAUCGUGUGCCAGCGAGUGGCCAGAGCCUUCGAGGAUGACAAGGGCAAGGAGGUUUCUCUGGCUGUGGUUACCGAGGAGGAGAGUGAAGACCUGGGGACGAAUGACGGGCAAGACACAGCGGUUUCUUAAUGUCUUGCCCGGACGCGACUUCUCUUUGGUAUACUACUCGACAUCUAUGUAAGAUUAGAUAUUUCUCUACUGAGUUGCUACGGAACAAAUCGGUGAACUUACU